UUUAUUUGUUUUCAUAUGUUUUGGGAUAGAGAUUAAAAUGAUGGAAGGGUUUUCAAUGCUGUUUCAAGGAUGGGAUCCGGGUAUUCCCGGGGAUUCAAGGACUCGAUCGGGUGUUUAUCGGAAAGAUACGAUCAUAAGGAUAUGGAUUCCAAAAGGAAUCUUGGAAAAAAGGUUAAUUGGGGAUUUGCAAGGGUUUAUUCAGGUCGGGACUGGCAGGAUUCGGGAUUCACCAAGCUCUUCGAAAGGGAUGUGGAAUCCAGAGGAUCUUGUACAAGAUAUUCGAGGAUGACUCAAAGUCAGCUUCUUGGGAAUGGCGAUGAAAUGAAGAAUGGCGAAGGAAACCGAAAACGACUGAAUAUUUCCGAUAACUCUGACCUGAUUAAGAGUUAUUCCAAGACCUUGAUAGGGAGGUACAUGAACCCGAUGGAGCAAGACGUCAAAGCGCUUUUGGUUACUGGUGUAGUUUUACUUGAGUUUUGCUAUCACUUCAGGUUAUAUAAUGGGAACAUUGGUGUAGGAAAUAUCUAG